AGAAAGACCUAUACGGUCAGAUUAGGGUUUUUAAAACAUAUUACGGGACUACCUUUAUUUGUCUAGAAGGAUCACACUUUUGCAUUUGUGAGAACUGCAUUGAUUGUGUUUUCAGCAGAUUACGUCAUGCCUAUGGCCAGUACCCGGAUGUAUGCAGCGUUUACGGUCCUGGCUACUGUCGUAUUUAUCCUUGUGACAUUAGAACUCCUUGGUCUAUCCUGGCUAAAUGUCGGAUUCCCCAAACCACUACCUAAACUUCGCUUACUUCAGAGUGUUAAAAUCCCUAACCAGAAGUCGACUAAAAUCCGUCAAAAUCUAUCAAUUCCAAAUAUCAUCAGGACUAAUCUUAGUCGAAAUGUAAAACCCAAAGGCCUAAGCGUUACAAAUAUUGAACCUUGCAACCAAGAGCAGGUCACGUGCCCAAACAAUACAAGCAUACGUGUCUUGAACAGAGGUAGUCUGUAUCACAAAGGAGACGUUCUUACCGUAAGGGUGGUGGCAAGAGACAGAGAAGGAAGGCCGAAAACGUACGGAGGAGACUUUUUCCGUGCCAGACUGGUCAGUAGUGACCGUUCGCUACAGGCCAGUAGUGCCGGCCACGUCACUGACCACUGUAACGGUACCUACACUGUGCAGUUCCCGCUCUACUGGGUAGGCGGCGUUUUGAUAAAGAUCCAACUCGUCCAUCCAAGCGAAGCAGUCAAGGUUCUACAAAGGGUGCGAAAAAUUCCAAACAAGAGAGUUUUCCAUUGCAGUUUUGUCGACGAGAACAUAAACGCUACCUACACCAAACAGUGCUUUAGUUCUGCCAACCCCAGCCUACCGCCCAACCAACAGUGCGAUUUCUCAAAGGGUGAGGUGAACGGAACCUGGGUUUGUGAGAGGCCGGAAAAACUUCCAUGUUCCGCCAUCUCCAAGUGCCGGUGGGCGCCGGGCAAUAGCAGAACAAAGACACCGAGUCUUGUGUCUAAUGAUGAAGAAAAGAAACUUUUCCAAAAACCAUAUCUUGAGGCGGAACUUGAAGUAGGGGUCAAGCAGCCCAUACGUGUCCUUGAGGCAGAACUUCCAUCGCAUGAACAACUUCCAUCGUGUACCUGGGACAAGUCAUCAGCUCUGGGAUAUUGGUCAGCCAAGGUCUGGAGAUCAUCAGUCUGCAAUGUCCGAGUUUUUGCCAAAGAAGACGUUCAGAGAUGCCUGGCUAACAAGACAUUGUACAUGCAAGGCGACUCCACCCUUAGACAAUGGAGCCAGCGUUUGCAAAAGGUAGUACCACUGUACUACAAUAAAACAACCAUGGAUUCAACAGCUCUCCUAGGUGGUGACAACAACCAGUGGAACAUCUCUGUUCGCUACCGGUUCCAUCACUUCCCCGUACAAGGGGGAGCUUGGAUUUACUUUAACGAUUUCAGUUACACUGCCGACGUACUGGACUCCAUUCGCGGAGGCCCGAACACGGUAGUGGUUCUCGGUCUGUGGGCUCACUUUACCGCCGAGCCGCUGGACAUGAUCCGGUCGCGAAUGUACGCCAUACGGGCCGCCAUACACCGUCUCAAGCGCAGGAGUCCCAACACGCAGGUUUUCGUGAGAACUGGGACAACGCGAGAACACACGAGAGGAAGGUUGGAGUACUAUGUGCUCGGGAGCGACUGGCUGGCUUACCAGAUCACGGAGGUGAUACGAGAGGUGUUCCGGGCGGAUCCAGACGUGGUCGUGUUGGAAACGUGGGACAUGAGCGUGUGUCAGCCGGGUAAAGACCGCGUUCACCCAGAUCAAACGAUGGUAGACAGUCAACUGAACAGACUGUUGUCUCAUAUCUGCCCGAUCUAGUCAGGUUCAACGGGAGAGAGAAAUGAUUUUAAAGGCAGUAAACUUCACGUAAUGCUACAUUAUAUACAUACAAAUACAGAGGUCACUAAUCAUACUAAGAUAUAUACACUAAAAUUAAAUUCAUGUACGUAUAUGGAAAUCGCAAAUUUAACGAAGUUAAAUGACAUAACAACUAACUACUCAAAGUAGUGCAAUAGUCCAUAUUGUUUUCGCGUUAGUUUGGUAUCAGAUUUGCAUGCUACUCUGUAUUUUAAAUGUACAGCUUUGCCGACAUGUCAGAAGCGUCACCUACAGAAACGAUUGCAUACUGCAGGAAGAAGAUAAUGAACCAUGUUGUUCAAUAAGUUAAUUAGAAAGAAACGGUUGUUGUUUCUGCACAGAGGUCAUUUCGGAAUGGCCAUAUUACUAUAUCCCUAUUACUAUUCUGCCAGGCGGGAAUCUGAGGUGAACUUCAAUUUCUUAUUCAGCGAUCAAUUGACUUUUGCUUUUAUCUCAGGUUUUGUAAACAAAAGCAGCAACCUUGUACUUCCACC